AUGGAAGGCAAGCGGCGCCCGCUGCCUGUAGAACUGGGCAAUGUCGUACCGGAGACAGAGCGACGAAAGCACGCUGGGCACCACGAUGUCGCCAAGCCCGAGAAUGGUGGCCGGCCCAUCCAAGUCUUUGAACGUGCACAGCUGCGCCUGGGCCCACGAAAGCAACGCGGCGGGCCGCUGCGGGAAGACAAGCCGGAGCGGCGCAUCGACGCCGGCCGCCACGGCCUCCAUGGCGGUCGAGCCAAACACAAAGUAGACGUCGUAGACGAAAAGCGCCGCAAGCAAAAGCAGCGCCGUGCGGAACGUGCCGGCGCGGAUCUGGCGGCAGCCGCAGACGGCAAGAACGCCAGCGACCGCGUUGUUGAUGAGCCAGUUGAGCCGCGGAAGGCCGUACGACGAGAGCUGCGCGUUGUGCGCAUAGAAAAGCGCCAGCAACGCCACAGCGGCCGGAAAUGCAACGGCGAGACGCCCGUCCACAACCACAGACGUUGUGCGGUGCGACUGCUGCGGCCGGAGCACCCGCACGCCGUUGUGGCGGCGCAUCCAGUGCUCGUAGGCCUGGAAAUCGCCCAAUUCGGCGUCGAGUUUCUGCUCGUCCAUGUCCUCGGCCAUGCCCAAGGGCAAACGGUCCUCGCGGGCGACGCUAAGCCGCAAGCGGCCGAAGAAGAAGCUCAGGUUGCCCGGAAGGCCACAGGCGUAGGCCACGUUGCGCAGCAAGACACCUAG